GGUGAACCUCAGUAGUCGGUAGCAACGGGGAUUGAUGAACUAUUUCAGGGAGUGGACUGGUCUUUCGGCUCCUCCUUUGCCUGGUGAACUCGUACCGCAGCAGCUGGCCUGGGCCCCGGGGUGGAGGAACCCGUCCGGCGACUCGGCCGGUGCCGCCAUGGGGAACCAGUGUUGUACUGGCGAGCCGCAGGUGGCGAAUCCGCGACCGGUCCAUGAGCAGAAGUUCCCGAUGUACCUGGUGAAGGUCUCGGACUUCCUGGAGAUGGCGGGCCCGCCCUUGCCACAUCAGAUUCUCAUGGCGCGUGGGCUGUUGCACACUUGGCAACCAGGGAUGUUCUCCAUCUUUGUGUCGCACCAGUGGAUCGGCUCCAAGCAUCCAGAUCCCCAAGGUGAGCAGAUGGCGGUCUUGCGGCAAAGCCUCCAACGCGUCAUCAACGGAACCAUCCAGGUGGAGGAGGAUUUGGUCUCCUGGAGCCUCACCUCUCCGAAGGGCAUGUCACCGGAGAUGCGGAAGACCAUUGGAGAGAAGGGUUAUCUUUUUCUGGAUUGGUUCGCGAUUCCACAGAUCACCGCGCGGCAGGAGGGCCUCAACGAGGCCGGAGCAGCCGGAGCUGCACCGUCCACUGCGGAGACGGAUGCUGCCAAGGCGGUGCAGAGCAUCCCUGCCUACGUGGAGGUUUGCGAUGCGUUCAUCGCUCUGGUGCCAGAAAUGAUGCAUUCUGAUACCAAGAAGUCUUGCAACUACAUCUCCUGGCUCUCCCGUGGCUGGUGCCGGGCCGAAUUGUGGUGCCACUUGCUUUCCAACAAGCCUGACACGCGGGUGAUCUUGAUUUUCUCAACGCUGGAGGCGGAAUACAUGUCAGCGCUCAACUGGCAGCAGAACACCAUCGCGGAGGGCGACUUUACCGUGGAGAAGGACCGAGCUGUCGUGGUGAAGCUGGGUGAGGUCGCCGUGGAGAGCAAGAUCGAACAUCUGUCACGGGAAGGGCCUUUGUCGCAUUGCCGCUUUUACUUGGCACAUCGGCCCAAGCUCUUGGGACAGGAGAGAAUCCAAUUUGAGCUCAAUGGUUUCCUGUCGCACUUCCGCUUUCACAGCCUCAAGGACGCGCUGUCCGUACGAGAGGGGAUGACGCCCUUGCUCUGUGCGGUCUUUGCCGGGGAUGCCGCCAUCAUCCAGCUGCUGGCAGAGCAUCGCGCGGACGUGAAUGCCCGGCUGCAUGGGCUUUAUGACCUGGGCUACUUCGAAGGGCAGACGCCCCUCAUGGUCGCGGCCAAGUCCUACCAGCGGCCAGAGAUUUUAUCCACGCUUCUGGAGUGCUCGGCCGACGCACAACUCCUCUCGGGAGCUGGGAUCAAUGCGCCGUAUUUGGUGCGAACGCCGGAGCAAGUGGAGGUGCUGUUGCGCUUCCGCGCUGACCUUCACUCUCCAUGCAGCAAUGGCCUCACCCCGUUGACGGGUGCCGCCUCGUUGGCCAACCCGCAGACCGUGCAGGCCCUGUUGGCCGCGCGCUGCGACCCCAAUCCGCCCAGCACGGGCAUGGGCCACGGUCCGAUCUUCGGCGCGGCGCUCUUCUCCAUCGGCAACGCCCACUCGGUGGAGAUCACGCACUUGCUGGUGCAGCAUCGCGCCGACAUCAAUGCCCCAGCUCAGCCGCAAGGACUCUUGGCGUUAUGCUUCAAAGGCGUUCAGGCCUAUGUGAGCUUGCUGCGUCCGGAGGGCGUCUCGAAGCGGGUGAAGUGCCUGGCCAACAUCUCGGGCACCAGCGCGUUGGGCUGCGCCGCCAUGCUGGGCAACGAGACCUUGACCAAAGCCCUGCUGGAGCUUGGAGCGGAGAAUGGCAUCCCCAACGACCAGGGGGAUCUCCCAGAAGAUUUGGCUCGUUGCAACGGACACCUCCACCUGCUUCCCAUCUUGGCCACCUUCGCGACCUGAGUCCCACUCCCCCACGGACCGGGCGCCGUGGGGGUCCGGAUCCGACCGGUCGACAGCAUCGACAGCGGGAGGUCCCCUUGCUUCGGACGGGUUUGGCAGGGUCAAAGAACCCUGCAAGUGCGCCAUGAAUUUGGGGAUUCGAAGGCAUGAGAGAAUCAGCCUUGGUGGUUUUCGGUAUCGAACAACAUCUGGCAUAAGGAGAGUUCUUGAGUUGGGCGAGCCGCUCGCAAUGGAAC